GUGACAUACCAACACGUGUGUUUUCGCGUGUAUUUUGGUGUAAAAUUAAUUUAAUUUACAAUAAAAGGAAAAGUUUUAAUACAAUUAAGAGAAUUUAUAGUCAUCAAAAUGUGUGAGGGACAGUUUAGUGACUACGAAGAAGAAAUAUCUACGAAGGUUAAGUCUGUGCGAUUUGCAGAGGAACCUACAAUCAGGACCCUCAGCAGCGAUGAUCUUGAUUCUGAUGACUACUUCUAUGACUCCGAUGACCCAACACAGAGUAAAAAGAAGGAAAACCUAAACUCUCAAACACCUUCAAAUAAAAUCAGCACUUACCAACCAUCAGAAAAGUUGUUCAAAAAAUAUGUGCAUAAGAUAAAUGUUGAUCAAUAUGAACCUUCAUACACAAAAAAUGCUGAGAAGUUCAUGGAUCAAAAUGAUAGAAAAGCUGAUACUACCAGGAUAAGGAUAAAAGAUAAACAUGACCGAGCUACAGCAGAACAGGUUAUGGAUCCACGAACAAAAAUGAUCCUAUUUAAGCUACUUAAUCGAGGAAUCAUUAAUGAAAUUAAUGGCUGCAUUUCUACUGGUAAAGAAGCCAAUGUAUACCAUGCAACAUCAAAAGAUGGAAAGGACUAUGCUGUCAAAAUUUUCAAGACAUCAAUUUUAGUCUUCAAAGACAGAGAUAAAUAUGUCUCUGGAGAGUACAGGUUUAGGAAUGGGUACUGCAGAUCCAAUCCACGUAAGAUGGUGCGUACGUGGGCGGAGAAGGAGAUGAGGAAUCUUGUGAGAAUGUAUAAUGCAAACCUACCAGUUCCCGAACCAAUCAUCUUGCGGAGUCAUGUUCUUGUAAUGACAUUUAUGGGAGACCAAGGCUGGCCGUCUCCUAAACUUAAAGAUGUUGAAAUAUCUCAAUCUAUAGCCAGAACAUUAUAUAGAGACUGCAUUACAAUGAUGUGGAAAAUGUUCAAUAUUUGUAAACUUGUCCAUGCAGACUUGUCAGAGUUCAAUCUUCUAUACCACAAAGGCAAUGUCAUUGUAAUAGAUGUGUCACAAUCUGUAGAACAUGAUCACCCACAUGCCUUUGAGUUUCUAAGAAAAGACUGCACAAAUAUAUCCGAUUUCUUCAGGAAAAGAGGAGUAGCUACGUUGACAGUAAAAGAGCUGUUUGAUUUUAUCACAGAUUCGUCUAUAAAUGAAAGUAAUCUUGAAGAAUGUCUGGAGAAAUUGUCAGACAAAGCUGCUUCUAGAAAUUUCGAGGAAAUGACAGCACAGGAGCAGAUUGAAGAGGAAGCUUUUAAAAAUGUUUAUAUUCCCAAGAGACUUACAGAGGUGAUAAACUAUGAACGCGAUAUCAACAAAGCAAAACAAGGAGAAACAGGUGACUUGAUGUAUAAGAAGAUAGCUGGUUUCAACGAGGAUCUAACUGGCACAGCUGACAAACCAGGCAUACUUCAGGAAGAUGAAAUAUGCAGUGGUUCUGAGGGGUCGGAUGAUGAUGAUGAGAAUGGAGAUAAAGGAACCAAGUUUAAGAAUGCCGCUCGUCCAAGGAAUGAAGAUGCGGAGACUAAGAAAGCGAGGAAGAAGGCAGUUAAAGAAGAACAGGCAGAAAGGAGGAAAACUAAGACACCCAAACAUAUUAAGAAGAAACGAGACAAGGGACAUGGAAAGAAAUAGAGUAGGUAUUUAAAUACUUAUUUUUGUUGAAUAUAAUUUAGCAACAGUGGAAACAGAUAAGCCAUUAUUGGCAGCGUUAUUCAUUUAUUUUAUGAAUGGAAUAUAGCAUUUAGUGAAUAUUUUUCGGUAUGUAAACAGUAAUAUAAGUUUUACCAAAAUAGGUACCUUUUUUACCUAAAGGUAUGUUUUAUGAACUUACUUUGAACUGUAAAAAUUACUUUUUCCACUAAUACUAUGUAUCCUUUAUUUUUAAACUUGUGAAGUUGAAAUUAAACAAAUAUUUAUAAUUUAUAA